AAAAGAUUAUAUUUUUGAGCGUUUCUAAAAAGCUUCUGUUUAAAUUUUCUAUUCGAAAUUAACGAAAAAUGCCUCAUUACAGGGAAAUUAAAUUAGGAGAUGUAUGGAGAACAUGUAACAAAAUACGGGCUGCAGUUUUUCGUAUGGGAAUAAACCUUUUUGAUUAUUUUUUACCACUGGAUCCACAUAAAAACUGUCUCAUUUCAGAAUCUCAAUUUAUUUCUGUCAUUAACAGGCAGCUGAGGGCUACGAUUGGUUUAUCAGAACAAGAAGUCGCUGAACUUGCAGACUAUUUUAGAGUGCCUGAUGGACGAAUAUAUUACACCCAAUUAUGUGAAGUUAUUCACGAUAGUGUACCUGAAUUCAGCAAAAAUGCCCCGCUGGUAACCGGAUUGGAAUGGGAAGAUCCUCUUCAUACCAAUCGUCUCAGUAUAAGCGAGGAAAGGCGACUUAACGUUUUGCUUACAAAAAUUGCUUCGUUGGUCAAUAUGAAGAAGAUUAUUUUGAGACCAUAUUUUCAAGACUAUGAAUUAGUGUCGAAAAACAACGGGACAGUAACCGUGGCCCACUUUGCCAGAAUCCUUGCGUAUCUGGAAAUACUUUUAUCUGCUGAUGACUUCAACCUGUUGGUGAAAAAAUAUAUCAAAGACAGCUACACCCUCAACUACAUAGCGUUCAUAUCUGCCAUAGAUCACAUAGUACAAUAUCUGAAUGCCCACGGAAUUUUGGAUCUAUGUGGAGACGUAAUGAGCCUAUUUCCUGGAAGAGUCAUUAAUGCAGAACUGCCAAAACUGCCCAGACCAGAAAUAGGUAAAAUAAUGGCUCAAAAAAUAUUCGGUAUGCAAAAUAUAUUCCAUCCAGCCCUCAAUGAUCCCAAGAAACAGGCACAUAUUUUCACUAUCAUGGCCAAUUUGCAGGACCACGUUUUAAUGAACAGGCUAAGAGUCUGUGAAUUUUUUAAAGACUUCGAUCCGCUAAACUGCGGUAGGAUAACUUUAUCCCAAUUCCACAGAGGUCUAGACGCUUUAGUACUAGCAGGAAAGCAAAGAUUUUUUCUAUCUUUGCCAGAUGUUGAAGCAGUAACGCACCAAUAUCGAGAUCCUUGUGAUCCCAGUAGGGUUUGUUGGAAAACUUUUGAGGAUGAUAUAGAUCACGUCUUCACAGUUAAGGGUUUGGAAAAAAUGCCGUCGCUUGUGGUGGAUCCCCCACCAGAAACUGUAAGGAAUUUGCCAAGGCUGGGUGGUAAGGACUGGCAAUCGGUGAAUACCAGAAGCAGAGAUUUGUGCGAGGAAGCAGUUGAUAAAGUGAAGCAGAAAAUCAUACAUCGAAGAAUUUUAUUAAAGCCAGUUUUUAGAGAUUUUGAUAAGCACAAUAAUGGCCACGUGAGUAGAUCGCAGAUGAGACAAGCAUUCCAUUCGAAUGGAAUCCUACUUUCAGACGAAGAGUUGUUGGCAUUAGAAGAAAGAUACAACAACGACAUAGGGUUCAACUAUUUUUGGUUUUUAAAAGAUGUUGAAUCAAGGCCAGUAGAACCAUUGUACAAGCAAUUUGUCGAAGAUAUGAAUAAAGUGAAUGCUCCUCGACCCAAGAAAACGGCAACGAGACAAGAACAAGAUAUCGUGCUCAUCAUGGCAAAGAUAAAAGGAAAAGUCGUUAGAGAACGCAUCAGAAUUAUGGAAUUCCUAAAGGAUUUCGAUAGACUUAACUCCCUGGUUAUCAGCGAAGAUGAUUUCAAAAGAGGUUUGUCGAUGUGUCGGUUGGAACUGACAGAUAAUGAAAUUGAUACACUAUUAGAGGUGUUUGCAUCACCUAUGCGAAAAGGCUGCGUUGAUUACAAAAGAUUCUGCGAAGUUGUCGAAGAAUCUUUCACUCAACAAUGUCUGGAGAGGGCUCCCCUGAUUGUACCCAUACAGCAUGUACCUACUAGGGACUGCGAGAAAAAUUUCCUCAACUUUGACGAACGGAUCAAGGUAUCCGUAGCUUUACAGAAGUUGGCCAGGAAACCGGACCUGCAGAUGAAUUUGUCCUCUGUCCUAUCCGACUUCGACAAGACAAAUUGCGGCACAGUGUCUCAGAGAGCGUUCCUUAAAGCGCUUACUUUGAGAGGAAUGGACAGGCUGAUAUCAAGAAAUGAAUUCGACGUCAUCUGCAAAUGUUUCAGCUUCCAGAGAGGCAUGAGGGACGAAGUUGAUUACAGAGCGUUUAUGAAGGCUUUGGAUAUUCUUUAUGCCACGGAAAAAUACAAUCCAUUCUGAUUUUUUGUAAAUAUCUCGAAAAUAUUAAUAAAAUGCAUUAUGGGAU